GUUUCGCACUCGGUAACACUGGCCUAAGUCAGGUUUUGUCAUUCAAUUAAAUUCGAACGCGUUGGAGCUACAGGUGCGCUUGUUGAAUCCCCGUCGUCGUUGGUUUUCUCCCUCUUGGCGCCCUAAGAAAUCGCCUGGGGCAAAACGCCAUAGAGAUAUCGUGUGUGUGACUAGACUUUCACUACGGGUCAAUUCCGAGAUCGGGAUCCCAAGCGUCGCUCGUCUUUAAUUAAGGCGCUUCGCACGCGUUGUCGUCGUUGUUUUAGCUCCAUUUUAGCUGUUUUAGUUGUUUUGGGCAUGUAGAAGAGGCGCUGCGAACGUGUUUACGAUUUUCUGCAGAUCGGCUGUGUGAGCUUGAGCUGCGAUUCGAAUUUUUCCACAGUUCGAAUUUGGUGAAAUCAAUGCGUAGAAAGUGAAUCGAGGCUUACGCAAAGUUGGGGAAAAGUGAAAAGUUGCGGAAAACUUGGCGGGCCAAAAAACACAUUUGGACGCUCCUGCAAUUGGCUGUUUGGUAUCGCGUGCUCCGUCCGACUUGUCUGGCCAGGAACUGGAGCUGGAGCUGGAGCGAGAGCUGAAGCCGCACACCUGGUCGAGUGGCGGCCCACCUGCCGGCUUAGAUGCGUCUAAUCCAAUCGGCAACCGGCGGUGCUGCUGCGACCGUUCUGCAGACCCACUCCCAGUCGCAGUACAACUACACCAGCAUGCGUGAAGAUGAUAUCGAGCUGGCCAUUAAAGUGGUCAUUGUCGGCAAUGGUGGCGUGGGCAAAUCCUCGAUGAUCCAGCGCUACUGCAAGGGCAUAUUCACCAAGGACUACAAGAAGACAAUUGGCGUGGACUUCCUGGAGCGCCAGAUCGAGAUCGACGGCGAGGACGUGCGAAUCAUGCUGUGGGACACCGCCGGGCAGGAGGAGUUUGACUGCAUCACGAAGGCCUACUACCGGGGCGCCCAGGCCUCCGUGCUGGUCUUCUCGACGACGGAUCGGGCCUCUUUCGACGCGAUCAAGGACUGGAAGCGCAAGGUCGAGAACGAGUGCAACGAGAUACCCACGGUGAUUGUGCAGAACAAGAUCGACCUGAUCGAGCAGGCGGUGGUCACCGCCGACGAGGUGGAGACGCUGGCCAAGCUGCUCAACUGCCGGCUCAUCCGCACCUCCGUGAAGGAGGACAUCAAUGUGGCGUCCGUGUUCCGCUACCUGGCCACCAAGUGCCAUCAGCUGAUGACCCAGAGCUACGACCAGGCCGCCAGCGGAAACCAGCAGAACUCCAGCCAUCCGCCCUACAGCAGCACGCCCACGAUCAGCGCCUUCAGUCCGACUUUCACCAAGUCCAGCAGCGGCACCAUCGUCCUCCGUCCGGCGAAGAAGGGACACGGCUCCAGCGUGGCCCGGAAGCGCAAGAUAGUGCUCAAGAAGUGCGGAAUAUUGUGAGGAGUUGUCGGUUUGACCAGUUUGAUGGAUGGCGGAGCCACUGGGCUGGCAAUUAAUAACUGGAGCAUAUUUAACGCUCAAUUAUUUCAGAGCUUAAUAAAGUCGUAGCCCGGUGGCCAGCCAACCGUUGUAUGCAACCACAGCCAUUCACUAGUCGUGCACAGACUCCGCGUGAUGUGGUUCAGACAUGCUUACGGAGCAGCAAGAUAAUCGAAGGCAGCAAAGUGGAUCUUCAGAGCGAACCACGAAUAGGAGAUACCCUUGCAUAUCCACAGAGUUACUUAUCGUUUUAACGCAGGCAAAUUUUCUAACCAUCAUUUUAUCGGGCCGGUUCCGAUUUUGAGUCUUCCGAAAUUUGUAUACUUCAAACUUUUAAUACUUAUCUCGUUAAAUCUAUUGUUCGUUAACGAAACCAUCUGUUUUAACGUUAAAGAAUAAACAUCUCUGUUAAGCCCAGAAAAAUGAUAAAAAGAUAAAUAGCGAAAACUGUUAAUAUGCAUACAAAAUAUUUGUAUUAUACUUAAAAUACUCGUACUUCAAUCACUUACUCACAAGCCUAUAUACCAAAACAAUAAGCCCGAUCUGCAAGGGUAGAUGGAGUUCUCAAAACCACAGACAAUAUCCACAAUUGCUCAAAAAAUUGGCCCAAUUAGUUUUAAAUAUGAAAUGAAAUUUGUAUGUAUUAUGCCCACUUUUCUAUAACGGAGACUGAAGCAUCACUGCUUUUAUAUCGGAUAUGUAUAUAGAUAUGUUAGCAUGGGCAUAGACUUGCCUAACCAAGCACAAUUAAAAGGCUAUAUAUCACGCUAACCCAGCCCAGAUAUCCAUGUGAAAUCCCUUCGCCAAUUUGCCUUGGCAAAAAUGUGCAAUUAAUUACUCAGCUUAUAUAAUCAUUAACUUAUUACAAGUCAUGUCGAAGCGCAAUUUGACUCAAUUCCAUGCAUACCAAUGUUCACAUUCUAUGCAAAAAUCUGUAGUUAGAGCACAAGGAACAACAUAAAACAUUUAUGGAAGCCGAAUAUGAAUAAAUAGUCCUAAGCCUAUUCAUAUUGUAUUUAUAAUUGUAACGACUCAUUAAAAUAUUCACCUAAUAAAUUAUUUAAUGUAAAUUAA